AUGUCCAUGGAAAUGUCUACCCCAACAGCAACAUCAACUCCUACCUCGGCGAUAUCCUACACUUACACAACUUACACAAACUCCUCCCCAACCCCCUUCCGUAAACCAACAAUCAUCCCCUCCAGCUUCCCCUUCGGCGGCGCCCCAGGCUGCUCCUCGCUGCCUUCCCUCCCAACCGACACACCGCUGCCCUCAAACUACCCCGUCGACCGGCCAUCUGCCGCCAAGCCGGGCUGCGUCAUCAGCAAUGACGCUGAUGUAAACGACCACGCAUUCUGGGACCUGUACGAGUGCUGUACCUGGGGUGACAUGGGGGUGCUGGGUAUGCCGCUGCCGUGCACGGCGGUGUGCGUGAUAGAAAGUGGAGAUGAGCAGACGCUGAGGCGUCUGGGAGAGUGUUUGAGUAAGAGGGUGGGCGUGGUUGUUUGUAGUGAUCGGGAAAGGAUGAACGAGACUGAGAGCAGUAGCAGUAGCAGUUCGGUGGGGGAGACGUCGACGUCGAUGGCGGCGAGUGGGACUGCGAGUUUGAGCGCGAGUUUGAGUGGGGGGGCUACCGCGAGUGCAGCGACGGGUGGUGCGGGUAAGGGUGUUGGUGUACAGAGAGGUGAUGUUUCAAGAGCUGGAGUGAUGGUUUUUGGUAUCUUAGCUUUGGCAUCGGCGGUGGGUUCAUGGGGUUAUAAUCUUCAUCUAUUUAUCCUCGAGAUGAAUGCAUGA